CCAGGGAACAAGGUAAGCUAACUUCGAGCGGAGGAAAAGGAAAGCUCAUUACCGGCGGGAGGGGGUUUUGUGAGACACGCCAGCCAUCGAUAGAUAAAAGUGAAUUCUGCCUGUCAGUGUAUGUCAGUGUAUAUUUUGUUUUUAGCGUUAUUCAUUCGAGAUGAGGACUCAAAGAUUCCGAGAGGACUACAAGUUGAAAACCGCGAAGUGACCGGGAAUCAUCAGGACCUACUGAGCAGGCCAUCUCAAGAGGCUUUAAAUAAACAAAAACGAGGCAGGAAAAUGACCUAGUUAUCAACAAGCGUGACGGACAACCUGGUGCAAAUGUGUUGGUGGUAAUUCCCCCAGUUUCACCCGCAAGGCAGACACAUGCAUCAGCGCGCAUACACGCACGACACACUAACAAACCCUGCCCUUCCCUUCCUGCCGUCCGCCCUGGUCCUCCAUGGAUACCUACAACUUCCACUUUGAGAGAAUGAGCAACGUGGACCUGCAUCCUCUGAGCCUGCCUGUCAGCCGGCUUUCUCCAGCCAAGUCCAACAGCAGCAUCGUCGACCAACUCACUCACCACCAACACGGCAAAGGAGACUCCGCCUAUAGCUCCUUCUCUGGUGGGUCCACUGCCCCAGACUACCCCUCACCCUUCCUCCCAGAUGACCUACAGUCCAGCUCCUUCAGCCACUAUGCUGAUCUUAAGUACGUAAGGUCCAUUUACCAUCCCACCCAGGUUCUGCAGUCUGAUUCAAAGACCAUGGACCAGCUCUAUCGCUCUGUGGAAGCGAUCUCUCAGCACUAUCGCAACAGUGCCAGCACCAAUGCAAACCACCACAACCACAAUGGCAAUGACAGUUUCCAUACCAACAACAAAGCACUCUCUAAACAAGAGGUGCCUAUGGGGGCUCCAUCCCAAAGUGCUUACCCUCCUGUCCAUCCUCCUCCAGUCCCAGCAAGGUUGGAUAGUUUCAUAGCCACAAAAAACCUGGAGAACAGCAGGGUCCACCACCACGGUACUGACUUUCAACCCCAGCAGCCGCAGCCUCAACAACAGCCCAGACCCUUCAAUCGACUCCAUCCACAGCACCAUGGUGUGAAUGCCCGGAGCCCUGAGAAGGCUAACCCAGAUACGGGCUUCAAUUCUGAGCCAGUGUAUUCAGUUUGGAGGGGCUCUCAACAGCAGCAACCACAGGCCCAGCAGCCAUCUAGCUACCGCACUCACCUACAGCCUCAUGAUCAGACCAGGGUGCCGCUGAACCAAGAAUACCUAUACAUCACGGAUAACAAAGCUGCCUCUGAGCUGCAGAAAUCUACAAACAUCCUAAGCAGAUCACCUCCCAGAGGCACAAGCCAGCCCGAGCACCUGAAAUCUAGACAGCUCUCAACCAGCGGUGGAUGUAAUGGAGAUCAUUACAACAAGUCCAGUGGUAGCCAUUUUGAGAGCAAGGGCAAAAGGGCACACUCAGCUCACGAUUGGGUCGGGUCAGAGCCGCCCCGAGCUGCCAGCCCCUGGAAUGCUGGUCAGAGUUUUAUCAACAGCAGCAUCCAGCAUAAGGGUCAGUUCUACUUUGUCACGGGAGUGUGUAAGCUGUCUGACUCUGGCGUGAGGACGUAUUCUGCAUCUGUUUGUGGGUCUGACGCCGGGAGUGAGAGCUCCUCUGUGGUGGAGAGGCCCCGUAUGACAGAAAAAGAAAGAAGACACAGCACAAUGGAUCAUUUGUUUCGACCUCUUCAGGAGAGUUCUCGCAGUUCCAGCGGUACGAUUCCAGAUGAGAGCGAGGUUUUCACUUCCUCCAGGAGUCAGGAUCAAGAGAAUCACAGACCGUCCCUCAUUGCGACACAGUCCUCGCGAAGCUUCGAUGCCUUAGAGGAAAUCGACAUUAUCCAGAGUCGAGAGAUCAGCCGCCACACUGCCAACAACCCUAUAUUCUACUGUGGACCUGACAGAAACUGCCCUCAAACAAAGGAGGUCGCCUCACUAACAAGCAAUGAACAGCCCAACCACCACAAGAGAGAGGAGCAGGGAAAAAGGGGGAAACGGCAGCCUUUGGGGGAUGUAGCUAGUGAGAGGAUAAACAAAGAAACAACCCCGCUUCUCUAUCACCUCACUGAAGCCAACAGGGUGGUGUUACAGCCCAAAAAGGAUGCUGAUUUUAGUAUAAAAGGCAAAGAGGCAAUCCUAAACAAAACAGGUCAUGGAGAUGUGGUAGUAAACGACAAUGAGAGACUUUCUCAAGGUGACAUGAGCAAGAGCGACAGAGGGGACAUCAUCUCUGUUGCCUGUAACACACUGGAUGACUCAUUUAAAAAGUACUAUAAGGAGAAGCUGAAGGAUGCCCAGUCUAAAGUCCUGCGGGAAACUUCAUUUAAAAGGAGGGACCUGCAGCUGUCAUGGCCGCACCGUAUUAGGCAAAAACCUGAGCUGAGGCCUUCAGUGAUUCACUCUUUUACCCCAUCACAGGACUCUGAGACUUCCACAGAAACACUCACUCCGUCUGUGACCUCUGAGGAGACAGAGAGGGGGAGCAUAAAGGAAGAGGUGAGGGAGAAUCAGAAAGAGUUGGGCAAAGAGACUGAAAAGGAAAACGGGAGACCAGCAAAUGUGGCUCAGCCCCAGGUUGCACGCAUUGGAGGCAGGAAGCGAUUGACUCCAGAGCAGAAGAAGAUGUGCUACUCUGAACCCGAGAAACUCAACCAGCUCGGCAGCACCCCCAGCCACUCCACUUGCCGCUCCUUCGGAAAUGAAAGCGAAAACCCAUUUGCAGCCGAAUGCGAAAAAGAGGAACGUGAGCAGCAAGGAGAGCAGGGACUGGUCGCAGCACGGAGGAAGAUAUUUGAGACAAGAGGUCGAGCCCUUUCAGCUUCUAGCGCCUCAAAGACGAACCUAAAACAUCUGCAACACAAGGCCCUGGUGGAGUACAUGGAGCGUAAAACAGGCCAGAAAGUGGCUGAGCCACAGCAACCUGUGCCUCAGUUACCACCCCCACCCAGACAGAGGCACUCUCUGGGGGAGAAACCAUUUGACUGGGGUCCCAGGCCUCUAUCAGGAAAUCAUGACAGCAAAAAUACCAAGAGGAAGCUCCACAGACCCCAUUCUGCAGGCCGCAUCCUUGACUCCUCCACCAGCUCCAUCAGGUAUGCACAGUUCUUCUCAGCACAGUCUUGUUCCAGCCAGUCAAGUCAGCCCAGAUGGAGGGAGAGCCAAGGUCCAUCUCAGGGGAAGUCUGUCUCAGUGGAGAGUCUCUUGGACCAGUCAGAACCACCUAGUUUCUUCAGGAACAGAUCCACAUCCACGCCACAUGCAUUUCAGGCACAAGACUACAAGAAGGAUCCAUUACCAGUUAACACUAUGGAAACCUGGAGUCCCCAGAAAAAUUCCUCCAAGGAUUCCUUGGUAAAGCCAGUCUCCGAGGGCCGGCAGCAUGUCCGUGUGGUUGCACAGAGGGGGAAGUCCAUGGAGGAGCUUGGGGCUUCAAAAUUAACAAGACCAUCAGCCUUGAGUAAAAGUUCUGAGCAGCUGGAUCAACUGUGGAGAUGUUCGACUGGACCUGGAGGACCGGAGGGAGACCAGAAGAGUGUUUCGUUCAUUGCCGAAGUCAGAGAAGCCCAGGGACAGGAAAGAGGGAGGAAGAAACAGUAUCUAAUGGAGCAAGUGGGAAAAGAGCCAGAGAUUGUUGGUCAGAAGAGCACUCAGGGACAGAUACAAAACCAAACCCAGAAAAAGCCCUCGUUGAAGCAGAACUCAGAACCAGGGGAGGAUGCGACAGUAGGAAUGAGGAAUUCCAGUAGGUCCACUUCCCCGGCUUCUUCCUCCUCUUCCCGAGCCAGGCUUCGCUCUCGAUCUCCUGGAUCUCACGGCCCUGUCACAGAUGAGUUCAAGUCUAGCAGACCACCCAGUGAGACUUCAUCAAACCCACCUUCCCCCAGAGGUCUGGAGAGCAGUGAGAGGGAGAUCAAAUCCACAUUGUCCACUCCUCCUCAGACAAAGCUUCCCUGUGAAAACAGGCCCUGCUUCAGUAGAGCGAGGACUUCUCCUUCUGUGACUGGAUCAGAGAGAGAGCAGUCAGUGGAUGAACCGAGCGAUGACGCCCUACUGCCUGAUUCAAACCAUGAAGUGUCUUUGAGCUGCGGCGUCACAACAGAUCCAUCACUGUGGAUUCUCCAACCAGAAGAAGAGAUCAAAGAGGAAGGCCAGAAUCCACCAUUGACAGACAGCGUUUUUGAUGACGAGUCCGCCUGCCCAGCCCCUCAGACGCAGACAAGCGAAACCUCUGUGUCUCCCCGCACCUCAGUCUCCAACACGGACAUCACUCAGCGGGUGGAGGAGGAGAAAAAUCCUGAAACGGAAGAUGAGACGUCAGGAGAAGACCACGAGUUGGAGGAGAGGGGCGCACCAGAGGGAGAGACGGAGAGCCUGGAGGGCCCCAGUGAGAGACCACAGUGGGAGGAGCUUGUGGAAGCAGUGGUCAAGACCGACCAAUCGCUGGCCAGAGUGCUCUACCCGCUGGCCAAUCGGAAGACGGCGCUGAUGCUGAUGGAGCAGCUGCUGUCGGAGGACACGCUGCUGAUGGAGGAGCACUACAAGAAGAAACAGGAGCAGAAAGGAGCUGCACAAAGUCCUGAAGCGGUUGAAGGGGCCGAACCAUCUCCUUGUCUUCCUGCUCCUGACACCCUUAAACCUCAGUAUACAGACCUUCAGAGCAAAACGGAUGUCACUGAGAAGAAGCGAUUGUUAGUGUCCUAUAUCGAAGAGCGUCUGCAUUCGCUGGAAGAGAUGCGUGGCACCCUCCAGACAGAGAUUCAGGAGAAUGUGGCCUGCGGGGAGGCACUGGAGGUACUGGUGCGUGAGCGCUGUCUGCCCGUGGAGCUGGAGAGGUACAACCUGUUCAUAGGAGACCUGGAGAGGGUGGUCAGUCUGCUGCUGUGCCUCUCUGCCCGGCUGGCCAGGGUGCAGAACGCCCUGAGCACUGUGGACCAGCACACUGAUGCUGAGGAGAAGCAAUCUCUGGACAGCCGCCACCGUCUGCUCUGCAAACAGAGGGAGGACGCCAAAGAUCUGAAGGAUAACCUGGACCGGAGAGAGAACGUGGUCUCCACCUUCCUGUCGCGCCAGCUGUCCGCCGAGCAGCUGCAGGACUACCGGCGCUUCGUCCAGACCAAGGCCUCGCUGCUCAUCAGGCAGAAGGACCUGGAGGAGAAGCAGAGGCUGGGAGAGGAGCAGCUGGAGGCACUUUCCAAUAGUCUAAAUCUGUGAGGGGAGAAGAAGAGAGGCGAAAAAAAAAAAAAGCUCUGGAUUUCUCCUUUUUGUCUUUUACUUUGCCUUGAAAGAGGGACGUGUAGAGAGUUUCAUCUGUGCUUUGCUGGCUCGGUUUGCCACAUACAGGCCAUGGAUUAUCCAGCUGGUCCAGUUGAUGUGUCUAAGCCUUUGCACUCUGUCAUGACUUUUCUUUUGUCCUUUAAAAGAGUUUGACAGAACCACAGGGGAACCCAUCAUGCCAUUCUGCUCUUCUCUCAUAACUAUAAGCCAUACAUGAUCUGAGCAGUAAAGACUUUUGAGACUGAAGUCCGUUGCCUUUCUGUCGUCUACCGCGGGUGCUCGGAAGGCUUACCCACUCUCCGCCCGACACCGUUCACAGUCUGCGCAUUCUACAGUGUGUGGCUGAAGACUCAUCCCCUUAUGUUGUACAUUUUUCCUUUGACUUCAAACAGAAGAGUGAACUUUUUCUGUUUUUUGCGUGUGCCUUGGUAUUCGUGUUGCCGUGGACCAUUCUCUGUUAGAGCUGCUGUGUGGAAACUUUGCGUCCCCUGUUAGCAAUUCAAUAACUGUCCUUCUUUUUUCAGUAAGAUGGUAGCGCUAUAGCCCUUUUAUCUGCACCUGUGGAAACCUAUUAUAAGCUUUAAGAUUGUAUUUUGACCAGUGAGAAGGCUUCAGUGAAAGAAAGUAGAGAGGCAGUGUACUGUAUCAUGUCAGUAAAAUGUACAAUAGAUGUAGUAGAUUUAAUCUUUUGUUUUUUUAAUGUUCUUAUUUUUUAAUAUGUUUCAAAUUAAGGCACUAAAAACCAAAAAAGGUGAAUGAAAAAAAAGCACUUUGUAAUGAUACACAAAUGCACAUUUCUUCAAAUCAAGAUUUGUUUUCGAAAUAAUUUCAAGUGAAAGCCUUACUCCAUCCAUCUUAACAAUACUUUUAUUUGUACUUAUUUUCUUUGUUGUGUCAUUCAUUUUAAAUAGGAAUGUUGAAAUUAUGUUUUAUAAAAGGUACAUGAGCACACCCAGCAAACGUUAAGGAUUGUGUACAAAUACUUUUCCAACUAAUUUCAUGAUGAUUUCAUGCUGGAACAGUUCCUCACAUGGAGGUGCUAAACUUCUACAAAGCGGAUUAUCAGUAAACAACAAUUACAUCACUGGGUCCUAAUGUCCCUUUGUCACAGAAGUGACACGUGAUACUUGAAAUACUUUAUUUUUUUUCUUAUAAGAGGAAAGUCCACAAGCUUCACUUCAGGUGUCUUAAUCUAAUUUUCUAUUCACUACCUCCACAACAUAGCCCCCUUAAGACACGUGUAACCUAUGAGUUUAUUUAAAUGCACACAUUAGUAUCUAGUUAAAAAGCUCUUAUUGAUAGCCCUGAAUGAAAACACACUUUUAAGUCAAAUUACAUUCCCCUCAAACAAAUCUCACAUUUUCAAAGGAUACCUGUGUUUCCUUGUUAAUAUUUGUCAUUAGUUUUGUUAGUUGUAUUAAUUUCUUUUGUACUGAAUCUUCAACUGGACUUUGCACACAUUGCACAGUCGUUAAAGAGCGAUGAGAGCUGUUGCUUUUCAUCAGAAUAUUUGCAGCGAGCGUGUGUACGUGUGUGCGUUCGCUUGGGAUUGUGAAUGUCUUACAUUUCUGUGCGUAGAGGUUAAGUCGUCGAACAGAAAGACAGAGCUUUCUCUCGGUGUUUGCUGUGUUAGUUAGCAACAGAACUCCUAUGAAGUCGUAAUAUGAUCAAAAUGUUGAAGUGAUCCAAUGUAUGGGGUUGACUGUGUGUGUGUGAUAUUUAUGUAAUAAUGACCACAAAGAGGCAGAGCAUCAUUAGCAGCCUCCAUAUACAAAAAAAAAAAAUCAUUUACUGACUAACAUAAAAUGUCAAACAAGUGGACAAGUAAACAGCUAAAAGCAGGUUUUCCUCAGAACCCGUGAAGAUAUUUUCAUGGUUCGCCACCGACCCCCCUAAAACAUUUCUCUGGAGAUUUACAACUCUGCCUGUCUCAGUUUGCUAAACAAAUGUAUGUUUGUUUUGGCCUUUGUGCUGACGCAGGGCUGAGGGGUUAGAAAGACUCUUGCGUUGUUCCCUUGCAGGCUGCUGGAAUUCCUAAAGUAUGCAAAAGACCAACAUUUUGGAGAAAGAGAAGACUCCCACAGAGGAGCAAGCACAUGGAAAAACGCUCAUUUUUAGUUGUUGCUGUUUGUGCGUAUGACAAACAUUUGACAACAACAGAGGUCACAGAGAAGGGGCCUGUUUUUGAAGUAGGGACUGGGAGAUUUUGUUUCAAGUACUGGAGGUGUGUGAUACUGAUGUGAACAGAAUCUGCUUGCAACCCAAGAAGGAAAGACAUAUUUCAGUGAGUUCCAGCUGGUGGGAUGACAGCAGAGACAUUUCUAGAUCUACUUUUUUUUCCUGUUAUAUUUCACAGUGGUUUUCUGAGAUUUUGAGUUUUGUUUUUCGUGCCUGUUUGGAGUUGUAAAUACCACAAUGUUUGUAAUAUUGUGAAUAAAUUAAGCUCUCCCUCUC